GCGGAAGGGAUUGGCCGAGGCGGCGCAGGCGGUGCAGCCCGGCCGGCUGGCUGCUCCGCUCCCUUUCUCUCAGCAUCUUCCCGGGAGCCCGUAGGUGAAGCCGCGCGGCAGCAUCCAUGGCCUGCCUUUGGGGCUGACACGCGUCGCCUUUGGCUCGGGCAGCAGCGGACCGAACCCACCUCGGCGGCGGCGGCGGCGGCGGCGGCGCGAGGACCUGGCUGGGACCCGGAAUCGUAUCCCCGGUGCUUGGUUUUCAGACUCCUCGGAAAUUAAGGAAUGCAAUUCUGCCACCAUGAUGGAAGGAUUGAAAAAACGUACAAGAAAGGCCUUUGGAAUACGGAAGAAAGAAAAGGACACUGAUUCUACCGGUUCACCAGAUAGAGAUGGAAUUCAGGGGAAAAAAAAGACCCAGAAGACGCAGCUUCUCCUCACCUCUUGCUUCUGGCUCAGAGCCCUCUCGUUAACUCUGUCUCAGAAGAAAAGCAAUGGAGCACCAAAUGGAUUUUAUGCAGAAAUUGAUUGGGAAAGAUAUAACUCCCCUGAACUGGAUGAAGAAGGCUACAGCAUCAGACCCGAGGAACCCGGCUCUACCAAAGGAAAGCACUUUUAUUCUUCAAGUGAAUCGGAAGAGGAAGAAGAAUCACACAAGAAAUUUAAUAUCAAGAUUAAACCAUUGCAAUCUAAAGACAUUCUUAAGAACACUGCGACCGUAGACGAACUGAAGGCGUCAAUAGGCAACAUUGCGCUUUCUCCGUCACCAGUGAGGAAAAGUCCGAGGCGCAGCCCGGGUGCAAUUAAAAGGAACUUAUCCAGUGAAGAAGUGGCAAGACCCAGGCGUUCCACACCAACCCCAGAACUUAUAAGCAAAAAGCCUCCAGAUGACACGAUGGCUCUUGCUCCCCUCUUUGGCCCACCGUUGGAAUCAGCUUUCGAUGAACAGAAGACGGAAGUUCUUUUAGAUCAGCCUGAGAUAUGGGGUUCAGGCCAACCAAUUAAUCCGAGCAUGGAGUCGCCAAAGUUAACAAGGCCUUUUCCCACUGGAACACCUCCUCCACUGCCUCCUAAAAACGUGCCAGCCACCCCACCCCGAACGGGCUCCCCCCUAACGGUUGCACCAGGAAAUGACCAGUCAGCCACAGAGGUCACAAUCGAAAAACUACCAUCAAUCAAUGACCUGGACAGCAUUUUUGGCCCAGUGUUGUCCCCCAAGUCUGUUGCUGUCAGUGCUGAAGAGAAGUGGGUUCAUUUUUCCGACACGUCCCCGGAACAUGCUCCUCCAGAGUCGGCUCCAAGGGAAAAGGCGGUGUCCCCCCCGGCGGCGCCAGACAGCCCGGCUGACGCCCCAGCCCCCGGGCCGCCUGGCCCCCCGGGGCCUCCCGGGCCUUCUCGACACGUCCCAUCGCCGCUCGAUUUAGAAGACGUCCAGAAGAAAGUCGCCGAGCAGACCUUCAUCAAGGAUGAUUACUUAGACACAAUCUCAUCUCCCAAAGAUUUUGGGUUGGGACAGAGAGCCACCCCGCCUCCCCCGCCACCACCCACCUACAGGACCGUGGUUUCGUCCCCCGGACCUGGCUCGGGCCCUCCGGCGGGGACCACCAGUGGUGCGUCCUCCCCAGCUCGACCGGCCACUCCUCUGGUUCCUAGCAGCAGCACCACUCCACCCCCACCUCCUCCCCGGCCUCCGUCUCGGCCAAAGCUACCUCCGGGAAAGCCUGGAGUCGGAGAUGUGUCUAGACCUUUCAGCCCUCCCAUCCAUUCUUCCAGCCCUCCUCCAAUAGCACCCCUUGCGCGGGCUGAAAGCACCUCUUCAAUCUCAUCGACCAAUUCCCUGAGUGCAGCCACCACUCCCACAGUUGAGAAUGAACAGCCUUCCCUCGUUUGGUUUGACAGAGGAAAGUUUUAUUUGACUUUUGAAGGCUCUUCCAGAGGCCCCAGCCCCCUCACCAUGGGCGCCCAGGACACUCUCCCUGUCGCUGCAGCAUUUACAGAAACGGUCAAUGCCUACUUCAAAGGAGCUGAUCCAAGCAAAUGUAUCGUUAAGAUUACUGGAGAAAUGGUACUGUCCUUUCCUGCCGGCAUCACCAGACAUUUUGCCAACAACCCGUCCCCAGCAGCUCUGACUUUUCGGGUGAUAAAUUUCAGCAGGUUAGAACACGUCCUGCCAAACCCCCAACUUCUCUGCUGUGAUAAUACACAAAACGAUGCCAAUACCAAGGAAUUCUGGGUAAACAUGCCAAAUUUGAUGACUCACCUAAAGAAAGUAUCCGAACAAAAACCCCAGGCUACAUAUUAUAAUGUGGACAUGCUCAAAUAUCAGGUGUCUGCCCAGGGCAUUCAGUCCACGCCUCUGAACCUGGCAGUGAACUGGCGAUGUGAGCCAGCGAGCACUGACCUGCGCAUAGAUUACAAAUACAAUACGGAUGCGAUGACAACCGCCGUGGCACUCAACAACGUGCAGUUCGUGGUCCCCAUCGACGGAGGAGUCACCAAGCUCCAGGCUGUGCUCCCACCAGCAGUCUGGAAUGCUGAACAACAAAGAAUAUUGUGGAAGAUUCCUGAUAUCUCUCAGAAGUCAGAAAAUGGAGGGGUGGGUUCUUUGUUGGCAAGAUUUCAGUUAUCUGAAGGCCCAAGCAAACCUUCCCCGUUGGUUGUGCAGUUCACAAGUGAAGGAAGCACUCUUUCUGGCUGUGACAUUGAACUUGUUGGAGCAGGGUAUCGAUUUUCACUCAUCAAGAAAAGGUUUGCUGCAGGAAAAUACUUGGCAGAUAACUGAUAAAAUCUUAUGCAAGGAUGUGGAGGAUCAUUUAAUGGAGAACUGUUGUAUGAGAAACAGGUUUUAAUUUUGGUUUGAUGAAAACAAACCAACAUCUGCACUUGGGAUGGAACAGCUGGAAAGUGGACACCUUUCAGUCGUGAUCUCCCUCCCACAGUACCAUGAUGACCAGUCCUACAGUAUUUACUUCUAGGUGUAAUAUUGUUAAUGGUUUUAAAAUGUAAUUAUUGUAUUUGUAAAUUGUACUCUCAUUCCAGUAAGGCAGUUAGACACUUGAGUUUUAGCAUUUUACCAUUCCUGAAAUGGAUGUAAUUUAAACUGUGGUAUGUAAAUUUAAUAGUAGUACUGUCGAGUGGCACAAUGCUUACAGAGGUAGAUUGCAUUUUGUCAAUAUAUAAAAUUUAAAUAUAAUAUUGCUAGCUGUCACAAGGGGGUGCCACAUAUAAAGAAACUUACACGGAACCAGAAGAAAAAGAAACAAGCUUACUUUUCUUCAAUCCUUAGUCUGUUUUACUCUAGUGCUAAAUAAAAAUUCUAUCUUCAAAAGUUUAGUGGGUUAAAUCCAGAAGCUAUUUCAGAAAAAAAUUCUAAGGUUACAGCAUAUUCAAAGAAAAGGAUUAAUUACCACUUUUUAAAAAGCUUUUUUUUCAAACUGCAAAUUUCAUAGAAAUGCAAACUGUGUAAACAAGGCCUCUUAUUUUUAUAACUUGUGUAAAAAGGGAAAGCAAUUCAUAUUUAAAGUUUAAGUAUAUUAAAUUAUAAUCAAGAGUAAAGAAGCUGUUGAAGUCUUAACUAUUUCCCCCCUCUACAGUUUAAAAAAUGUAGAGAUUGCUGAAUAAUCAGUCAGACUGGAACCAAAAUUGUGAUGUUAAGAUUUCAAGGCUUUCCAUAGUUGGACGGGUUAACAACUUUUGCAUAAUUGCUCUGAACAGAUGGUCUCAUUCAUCCACAUGGGGCAAUGAUACCUCGUGUCUUCCUCUUUACCCACAGGAAUCAAAACACUGGGAUUAAGGACCUUAGGAAGAAAAAUAUUUUAGUCCCCUGUUUAGACCCAGAAGGAGAAUUGUAUCAUCAUUUAUACCAUGUGAGAAGGAAAAAAAUAAGCUUUAUAAAUGAAAUUCUAUUCAUGUUGUUCUGUAAUAAAUUUCCUUUUAGGUGAUUGAUUCAUUAACCAGAGCUAUAAAUCUUUGUCUUUCUUGGAGAAUCAGGUGGAGAGUUACCAAAAAUUUAUGUCAUUUCAUUGCUGCAAGAUAUUACAACAACCGUAAUUACUGAACCUGGCCACACAAUGUGAGCGUUCAGGGAAAUUCUCCAUCAGGAGUCUCUAUCAUCAGGCCUUCCCCAUUAAGACCUGAGACCAUUCGUCUUCCUUUAAGUCAUAGAACUUAUUUUAAACAAAAGCCAAUUCCUGUUAUAGUUUAUACUAUUAUGUAACAAAAAAUAUCACAUUGUUACACGUAUCAUUAGUUGCUAAAUUUCAUUUUAUAUCCACUCAAAUUUGGCAAAGAAUCUUCAGCCCCUUUAAAUUUUCAAAUCAAACUAAAUUUUUUUAAGUCUUAAUUUUAAAAUGAGAUUGUGACUGGCAAUUGUUUGUAGUGGAACUUUUAAAAUUAAUAUUUGUACUCCUCAAUCAGUGCUUGCUACCAAGAGAAUGUGCAAAAAGAUCUGUUUUACCUUGGAAGAAUUCUUACUGUUCAAACAAACUCUCAAUUGGCUUCCUAAAGCAGUCAGGUGUUGAAGUUUCUUUGAACAAACUAAUUAAUGUAUUCAUUUUAUGUAAAGAUAUUCAAUUUUCUUUUAAAACCAAAAUAGAAAGUGCAAAAUUUUAAAUUCCAUGAAAAAUGGGGAAAUGUGGAACGCUAAAACCAAUGGAGAGUAAGCAGCAGAAAAUAGAGAAUUGUCCAGCAUAUGGAUAUCAAAAUGUGUUUUUAAGUAAUCAAUUCAUGAAAAAACAUAUUGAAUAUUAACACAAAGCAUAUUAAAGUGUGUAAAUAUUA